AAUAAAGACGUGAUCACCGGGCUAGAAAUCGGGAAAUAUUGCGAGUGCGCGAGAGAUCGAUUCGAUCGAACCUUAUACCUUAUACGAGUAGUACCCAUACGAGCACAACCCACACACAGAGUACAGAAUACUCCCAGUACUCGCGGUUUUUUUUCGAAAACAAAUCAACAAUACAACAAUUUUUUAGAAGAUUAAUUCCAAGCAUUGCUCCGAUCUACGUACACUGGGGCGCGGGUCAAGAGGUCAGCCUAGCCGAACGACUGAGAUAGAAAGAGAGAGAGUGCGCGGCAAGUGAGCGCGGUACGACUACGACUACGGCGGAGUGGAUUGGAUUGGAUUGGAUUGGAGCCCAAUCUCCGUCCCAAACCCCCGAUCCGAGAGGGUGCCCUGCACAGCGUGUGUGGUGUGUCGGUCCGUCCCCUGUGUGCAUGCCGUUCGACUUACGCCUAAGCGCAACGGGAAGUCAGUGAAAUUCGAUGCCAGAGCUCGAAAAGUGAGGAUCGGUUCCACAGAAUACCCGAAAUCCGAAAAAUCCUGCCGGAAAACUAAGGCAAACUAUGGAAACCCCCGCAUCACGCACACAUCUGUUCGCUUAGCCCAUCGAUCGAGCCCAUCGCCGAGACGUUGGUUGUGUUUGUGUGUGUGUGCGUGUGUGUUUUCCCCAGACCACGGGCCCAGCCAGCGAUAUUCCCCGAGCUGCCUGCGCCGCCACUGAAUCGUACAAACAGUUGAUAAUCCGCCGCCCAACGGCAUGCACCUCCGCAUCCUCGAUCCGAACAGCAGUGAAUAGUGAGUCGUGAACUGUGACUUUGUGACUUUGUUACUUCGUGAGUUGUGAAUUGUGUGUGUAAGGUGACUCGGAGAAAGUGCCUGUGCCUUCUUUGAAUUAAAGAAAUUAAUUAUAGCGAAAAGAGUGUGAGCGAGCGACGGCCAGAAAAUGACUUCCCUCAUGUACGCCGUGUUCCACAUAGCUUCGCUGCAGUGCUCGGUCCGUCCGGAAAUCUCGCCCUGCACCUGCGAGACCGGCAAGGCCUCCAACUAUGUGGAGCUCUCCUGCGAAAAGCUAGAGUCCUUCAAUGCCAUUGUGGACACCCUGGCCAAUAAGCUAAAUCCCGAUGUGCACACCGACCUGAAGAUCACCCACUCCCAACUAGACGACCUGGAGAUGCGAUCGUUUACGGAUAUGAACUUCAACCUAUACAAGCUACGCAUGCAAUGGAAUGGACUAAGAUCGCUGCCCGAGCUGCCGUUCCGAGGGUUAUCGAAUGUCACCUACCUAAGCGUCGGCGACAACGAACUCGACGAGAUCCCGAAGCACGUCUUGAACCACAUGCCGAGUCUGGCGACCCUGGACAUUGGGCGCUGCAACAUACGGGCGGUGCAGCAGGACGACCUGAAGGGCAUCCAGGUGGUGACGAACCUCAUCCUGCCGAGCAACAACAUCACGCGGCUGGACAGAGGCGCCUUUCCGCAGAGCCUGCUAAUCCUCCAUCUGGGGCGCAACCAGAUAGAGUCGCUCAAUGGGUCGCUGCAUGACCUGCACGUGCUCCAGUCGCUCUUUAUCAAUGCAAACAACAUCAGUGACCUGGAUGGGGAGCUGCCGGAUGGCAGCCGACUGCGCCUGCUAAUGGCUCACAACAAUCGGCUGGAAAGGUUGCCGGCGAACAUGGCCGGGAUGCGAUAUCUGCAGACGAUCCACGUGCACUUCAAUCGCCUGCGCUCGUUUGACCGCGUCCUGAGGAACUCGCAGGACCUCGAAGAACUGCUGGCCGGCAACAACGAGCUGGAGUACCUGGCCCAGGACGAGUUUCAGGCCUGCGGUCGCCUGGAUGUCCUCCACCUUGCCAGCAACCACAUUCGCUCGCUGAACUCUUCGCUCCUGCCCAUGGUAAAGCUGACGAUCGCCAAUUUCUCGUUCAACGACAUGGAAGAGUUCUCCAUGGAGGAGCUGCACGGCCUACGCCUGCUCAAACGGCUCGAUCUGUCCCAUAAUCGCAUCAGCCGACUCCUGCCUAGCACCAAGGGAGUGCAGGAGCUUGUGCUGUUCGCACUACGACUCGAUAACAACCAGAUCGUCUCCCUGGAUGGCGCCCUGGCCGGUCUGGGAAAUCUGCGUAUACUCGAUUUGUCUGCAAACCGACUGGAGCAUCUCUUGCUCGGCGACUUUGAUGGCAUGCAACGACUGGAGAUCCUCGACAUGACAGGCAAUCAGCUGGUGGAGCUCAAGCCUCUCGAAACCACGAUGCUUCCCAAUCUGAAGAUCCUAAAGCUGGCUUUCAACAACAUCACCAAACUGGAGCGGGACUUCAACGGACUGCCCGUGCUGUGCCAGGCCAAUCUGACGAACAACCAAAUCACGACUAUCUCGAGCGAGCUCGUGACGAAUACGCGCUGCAAGAAUCACAAUGUAGCCGGCAAACUGGAGAUACAUCUGGAUGAUAAUCCGAUCAUGUGUGAUGUGCGCCUCAAUGAGCUCUGCCCCCUGAUGGCCGUCCAAGAUGCGCGUAUCCGUGGGCGAUCGCAGUGCUUUGAAAACGACCAGGAAGUAUGCACGGUCCUACCGAUGCUCUACAAGAUUGACCUGCCGUUGCUGAUGACCAACCUAAAGAUCGGUGGGGGAGAGGAUGCCAAGCCGGUGGUGCAGAUGCUAGUGCCGACGCUGCUCAAGACCAACGAGGAGCUGUUGCCGCCGCUCAUAGCCACGCUGGGCCAGCCGCUGAUCAAUCCAGUGAUUAUUGGCACCACGGCGGUGGGUCCCCUGCCGCCUCUACUCACCACCACCACCACGCCUUGGCCUGUGCCGCUCAAGAGUGAACUGGAGAGGAAUGAGACCGCAACGACGACACCAAUUCCGCCCAUCACGAACACCACAACCACCGCUGCGAUAGUGACGACAACAACGACGCCCAACAGUCAGAUGGCUGCCACGGAGCUGGUGACGACCACUGCACCCACAACGACAACGACUAGCACGACAACGCCGAAGCCGAACGAGACCUUGCCCAUCAUCCUAGACAUCGAGGAGCCGAAUGUGGUGCCGCACGCGGACCCCAUGCCCAUCAAUGACACGGGAAUCGCCGGGGGGGAGUUGCCCAUUGUGCCCAAGGAGGCGGAUCAGGCGGUGCCGCCUGUCGCGGUCGAGGAUCCGCUCGAGCACGACCACGAGCGGGACCUGGACCACGAGUCGGUGGCCAAGACCGAGUACGAGACGGUGGAGUACAUACCCAAUCUGGUACAGCCGCCCACGCCGCCGCCGAGCAAAACGAAUGUGCUCGAGGAGGACUCCGAUUCGCAGGCGAAUUCCGUGCACGCGGAGUCGGCCCAGAGUCUGCAGGUGCCUGAGGAGCCGCCCGAGGAGUGAGGCGGUGCCCCCCGUGUAAGGGGACAUAACGAAUAUUUAAAUAUAAAUCGCAGCGCGGGCGUAGGAGCAGGCAGGCUGGCGGGGGACGAGAUUUGGAUGUGUAUCGUACGAGUAUGCCUUAAGUUAAUUUAGUUUUUAUGUUUUAUUUAAGCGAUCGCUAAAUCGAAAAGAUGCCAGGACGGGGACCGGACAUAAUGUGUUUUUUUUUUUUUUUUUUGUGGAUUCGAUUUCAUUUGAUACGGGGCAACAGGCAGGAGAGGAGGGGAGAGGAGAGGAACUGGAGAAGAGUAUCGAUGACCCAUGACCCAUGACGUAACACAACGAGGACUGACGAACGGUACUGUCUUAUGCUUUAAGCUUUUUUGUUGGGGGCUCAAUUUAUCGAUGUGUGUGUGGGAAUAGGAAUAGAAACGAACGAAAGAAAGAACCGUGAAAGAUCGUGAGAGCGGAAACGGAAGUGGAAGGAAGGAAGCGCGACAGAUGGCGUUAUGGAAUAUGCAUAUAUACAUACAUACACAUAUAAAUAUACAUAUUAAACAUUUAAUAACUGUACACACCAUACACGUUCGUUGCAAUUCGUCUAAAAUGUUAGGUACUUAGAUCUAGAAAACAGCAAAACAAAACACAGCAAAACAAAACAAAAACGGAGCCGGAAAAUGCGAAAAACUAAGCAAAAAAGCGCAGACAUUCACAACGCACACACUCACACAGACGUAGCAACGCACAUACACACACACA